CCCCCUACUGCGGUGAAAGGCCGAAACAAAUGAGAAGCGAAAAAGCAGAGAUUGAGCAAGGAAUCAAGAUGGGAAAAUGGCAUUAGAAGACGAUGAUACUACGUGGAUGCAAGACUUGGAGAAUGCCCUCCUUGGUGAAGACGAGAUUCCUGACGAUGCCUUACGUCCAGAGGAAUGGCAGAAGGCAUUGGGUGUGCUUGACAAGGGAAAUCAGAUGGUCUUGUUUAAUGAUGUAUUCGAUCUUCCACAACAGAUAGCCUUAAGAGAUGAGUGUCAGCAGUUUGUUGAUAAACUUGGCAAUGAAGAUGAGGACAAGGUAUCCGUUGUGUCAGAUCUGGAGUCAAUCCUGACAUUUUACUGCAAGAGCCAUGGUCUGGAAUAUGAGAAAGGUUGUGGCUGGGUUGAAAUGCUUCUGCCCUUGCUGUCGCUGAAGUUACCUCGAGCAGAGACUUAUAAUUUAUUUGAAGCUAUCCUUACAAGAUAUGUACCAAGGGGCUGCAGAAAGAAUGGAAUACCAUUCCACUUGUUCAGGCUUCUGCUAUUGUAUCACGAUCCAGAAUUAUGUUCUUCACUGGAUACAAUGCGCAUCAGCCCUGAUCAGUAUUGUCUCACAUGGUUCCAGUCGCUGUUUGCAGCAACGUGCAGCUUGCCUGUUGUACUUUGCAUGUGGGAUGUUUAUUUCCGUCAAGAAGAUCCAUUCUUCAUCUACUUCCUUGCUCUUGUAAUGCUUGUUAAUGCAAGGUCUCAGAUAAUUGGACUGAAAAACAGUAACAAACAAGAAAUUAUAGAUAUUCUGUCAUCAAUGCCAUGUGCCUUAGAGGCAGAUGAUGUCAAUGAUUUCUGCUCAUUAGCUCAGUAUUAUGCAUUUCGGACGCCAUCUACAUUUAGAAGGGAAUUGUCAGCAGAUCUAUUUGGAUCUCCUGGAGUUUCGUCAUCAAGUAUAUCACAAGCACUGUGCCUGCCAGUAAGUGCACAGGAACUGAUUGAAAAUGCGGAAUCUUCAAAUGAUGUUACUGAGCAGCUGGCAGAAAGUGUACGAUUUUUCCUUGUCGACUGCCGUCCUGCAGAGCAGUAUAAUGCAGGGCAUCUGCCUACUGCUUUUCACCUUGACUGCAAUCUUAUGCUUCAAGAGCCAGCAGCAUUUGCUACAGCUGUUCAGGGCUUGUUAUCAGCACAACGCCAGGCACUAGCAGCUCGAUCAGCUGCUGGCGGUGAGCACCUUUGUUUCCUAGGCUCUGGCCGUGUCGAAGAAGACCAGUACACUCACAUGGUUGUUGCUUCUUUCUUACAGAAGCACACCAGUUUUGUCAGCAUGCUUACUGGAGGAUACCAAGCUGUCCACGAAUUUCUGAGAGAAGACUUGAACCAGUAUUUAGAAGAUCACAAUACAGAGAGCUGUCUUGUUUGUGCACCCAGCACAGAGAAGAAGACGUCUGAAACUGUUCGCCCAAAUUCGAGUUCAUCAGAUCUCUUUGGCAAGAUCAGUGCUGCCAUGAAGACCAAAUCCGCAGAAAUGAAGGGGAAGCUUUUUGAGUAUAUUGUAAACCCAACAGGGAGUAAUUCUGUCGACAGACAUGUGAGCAGUAAUGAUAAGUUGGGCAAGCGCUAUCGUAAUGUUGCCCCUGUUUUCUGCAUUGAUGAUGAGCAAGAUGGAGGACAAGGGAACAACUCAUGGUCAUUGCAAGAUGAUACUUGAUAUAUGAGGCACAGAAGGGAGCAUUGAAAGUCAGAGUCGACACGGUGCCAACAGUCUGUGCGUAUCGCUGAAGAUUCGUGAUUCAAGCACAACAAUCUUCAUUUCUUACACCAAAUAUUCAAGUUUUUGGACUGUGUACAAAGAUGUACAGUACUGAUUUUGCAUGUCUUAUCAUUUUGAAAACUAAUACAGAUGAAGCACAAAUCAAAUAAACCAUAUUUUGUUAAAAAAGGUGAUUGAGACAGACAGAUACAUAAAUGAAUUAUUGUAUUGAAACAUCAACAGACAUAGGGCUUAUGAAUUUGAUGUUUCAUUUUAAUUCAGAAAGUAGAAUUAUUUCAUUUUAUGAAUAAUUUUUGAUGGUUUUUAUCAAUUCACUGUAAAAGAUAUUCACAGAAGUGAUCUAUUCUCAUAGUAUUCCAGUUUAUUAACUGUUUAACAAAAUAUGUUUGUACUGUGUGAGAAUAGACUCUUCAGAAUUGUACGUUACGUAAAGUGUUUUGAUAGGACUUCACUGUUAUGUGUUUUGUUAAAACAAUGAAAAAUGAUUACAGUCUAACAUUUUCUCCAAGAUAUUUUAUGGACACCAUGCUAACAGUUCUGUAGGAAAUAAUUUAUUGCCUGACUUAAUCACACUAAUUUCAGAGUGAAUUGGCUGGUUUUGGCCAUCAUUGACCAUUGUCAUAUUUAUGAUGGUUGUAUUAUGAAAGCCAGUGACAGCUGAAAGCAGGCAUUUCACUUUGAAAUUAAUGUGAUUGUACCAGACAAUAAAAUAUUUUCAAAACAGAUAAGGAUUUCUGUUAUUGCUUGUAAACUUUCUAUUCGUAGCUGUUUUGACUUUUGCUAACAAUUUUCUCACAAUUUCAUAUGUUUUAGAUAUAUGAAAUACCAAAACGCAUAACAGUGUCCACAAAAUAAUCUUUCUGUGGCGUGAGUAUCUACCCAAGUGAGUAGAGAAAACAGUAGUUUCAUGUAUUUCUGACUAUUUGCGAAAUAUGUGACAAUGUACUAUAAUCUAGAAUUUUGGUUUAAUUUUUCACAUGAGGUAACCUUGCCAAAUAACAAAUUGCAGUACAACUUUUAUUGCAAUAUAUUUAAAAUCUGGGAUGCAUCUGCAAAGCACUUUCAGUUGCUAACUCAGAAAAAGGAUUUCUCUAUUCCUACAAAUCAUGAAAGAAAAAGUUAUUUUCUUGGUGAACUGAGAUUUUUCAUUAUACUUUUCCAUCUCUUUAAAGUUUUACCUUUACUCAUUGUACAUAUCUUCUGGGGUACAGCAAGUAUUUUUAUCAUUCCUUUAGAACAAAAUGUGUUCAUAAAUGCUCAUGGUAUAAAUUUAUAUUUUUGGUUGAGAUGUAUU